GUAUUUUAUGUAUUCAUUGUUUCAUAUAAAAAUAACUGUUCCCAUUUUAUAAGGACAGAAAUUAAGAUACAGGUAUUUUGUAUUAUCUUUCAAGGCUACAAAUAAUUUUGAAAGUUUUGUUACUUUUGUUAUGAGGGACACAGAGCUCCUAAGAUAUGUUAUCACAGCCUUCAGGCUAGCAACACUCUUGCAUUACAUAAUCUCCUUUUACUAAACUUAAAUUUUCUUCAAAAUGUGAAGAAACAAAGCUCAUGCAGAUUAAAUCAGAGUCUGGGAAAGUAAACUCUGGAUUCUUCUCUAAUGUUUCCUCUCCUCAUUUUGCUUCUCUCCCAACUCAGCUAUUUCUUAUGUUUCUCAUCUUCCAUUUUGAUAUCCCACUCAACAUUAGAAUUACUAAAGCAAGGAGAUUGUUGGAGUCCAUCAUAUUCAUUCACUUAUUAGGUGUUACUUCUAUUGUAGUACCUGAGUUUAGAUUAGGAAACCUAAGAAUGAGUCUUUAGAUUAGUUGAUAGAGAAUAAAGAGUUUCUGUUAAUAUACAUUGUAGUCUGAGGUACUCUAUAAAUAAUCCAUAGCAGCAUAUGUAAAAGCCAUAUGCCUUUUACCUUCUCGUGAUCUGUUUACUUUUUUUGUUCCUUCUUAAUGAGAGCUGGAGACAUCUUUAAUGUAAAGUCAUAGAUGUGCACAUGGUUUGAUGACAAGAAGCUACAGUACACAUAGUUUAGAUACCAAGGGAAAUGAAGAGCAAGACCUCACAUCUCUUUAACAGGUUAAAUUGGUCAUCUUAAGCUGUUAAUACAUCAGGCUACUGGGCAGAAAACAGCAGCAGUGUGGUAGUAGAGCUUUGGAAGUAGAUAAUCCUAAAUUCAAAUCCCAAAUCUGCCAUUUACCAGCUGUGUGACCUUUGUUAAUUUACUUUUCCUCUCUGAACUUCUCUGAUCCUUGCUUCUCUCAUCUAUAACAUGGAGAUGAUAGCAGUUGCUGCAGAGAAGGAGUGGCAUAAUACAACUUAGGAUGUGACAUGUGUGACUGGGGGUUCAAGCAUUUGUGCACCUUCUGGCCCCAGCAGGCUUACUAUCAGUGCUAUAGUUAGUCCCUAGUUUCUUACAAGCAUAUGAUUAUAAGAAAGGUCCUUCUGAUUCGGGCUCAUGGUCCUUUCAGCUCAGCAUUCAUUUUCUGAUCACAAGGCCAGGAAACUGUUACAUAAGACACAAUUGUCCUUGUUGCUAACUUCAAGAAUUAGAGUUAUUUUCCUCCAGAUAGCCUAGUUUCUCUGAAUAACCCACUAUGGACUUAUUAUCCAUGAAUUUAGCUAAACCUUUAUGAUACUAUUUAUGUCAUCAACCUUUAAUGAAUUUUAUAAGUUUAUUGCCUACUGUGUAAAGUAGUUCUUUACUUUGUCAUAAAUUGUUUCUUUUGAAAAGUAAUAAGAUGGCGUCCGUUCAUAUAUACUAGAAUUUGAUAAAGAAAUCCAUGGUCACUUACCCAGGCCUUUUGUUUCUUUAUAGAUAUUUACAGUCUUCUUGCCUGAAUUUUACCAUUAUAAAUAGAAAUCUUCAUCUUAUAUCAUGAUUAUUUUAAUCAAUACUGAACUUUCUUAUUGUAUUUUCGUUCAGACAUCUCUCUUGAUAUAAAUAUGUUUAUGUAUGUAUGUGUUUGUGUGUGAUUAAAAUUGGAUUAUAUGACAAAAAAAAUACUGAACUUUCUCCUGUCCUUUUUAUUUAUUUAUUUUUUGAAGUACUUCAUCCAGAAAGUGUUCUACACAUGGGUUGCCAUUAUCUUUUACUAGAGCUGAUCGUAAUUUAACUCUCCCCUCCUUCUGUCAAAGUUACACUCUAAGUAUGCUCUGGGCUCAAAACAGAAUGAUCUUAAUGUGACUGCAAUUGUAUUUAAGCCAAAGUUCAGGUUAGAGACAGCUGGCAAAUGUUCAACAAACUGGACCAAAGAGGAAGAAUCAUAACAAAAAAGAUGUGAUUCUGUUUUGUAGCAAAGUGAGAAACCUGUCUGAAGGAAAAACUGGAGACUGAAUUUUUUUGCUCAUUUUGGAGAUCGUAAAGAAGUACAAGGCAAUGUUUUCCAAGACAAUUUGUUCCACUAAAGUGACCAGAACUAAGUCUAGUUGGGCUGGCUGCCCUAGGUGGCAGUCAGAGGUUGGGGCUACUAUUUUGACAAUGGCAGCAGAAAUCUGUGACCAAAAAAAGCCUAAAACUGCUUGCCUCUAUGUUAGCAUCGCUAGCAUGAAGUGAGAUUUGAACUUUAAAUGACUCAUUAUGAGUGGGUGGCAACUCACUGUGGAGGCAGUCUGUGAACCCAAGGUCAGCAUCCCGGUGAGAAAUCCCUUCAGGUAUGAGUGAGCUAUACAACCAGUCACACUGAGACGGGAGAUCCCUGUCCUCUUCAGCUUUGUCAGAGCAUUCCCGGCUUCGUUUCCAGUCCUGUUUCUGAGGAUAUUUGGCACACUGCUUGGCCUGCACUUGGCACCACUGUCUUCAGAAAAUAAAUGUCUUACAUUUGUACAGUGCUUUAUGGAACACUUUCUCAUAGAUCAUCUCAACUGAUCCUCACAUCUCUAUGGUAACUGUUCAUGUUCCCAUUUUGUGGAUGAGGAAAAGGGAUUGAAUUACUUGUGCAAAUGGUGUUAGUAAGUUGUGGAGCAGGGACUGGUCUUGUGAUACGAAGUCUGUGUCCUUUUCAUGUCACCACCACCAUAAAGAUAGCCAGGUCAUUUUGGACAUCUUCCUAAAAAUAUACCUUCUUUCAUUUUUCCCUGAAUGUAGUGCAUUAUAGUUAUUUGUACUGAUGUUGCUCUGACCUCCUGUGGAUGACAGCAAGCCUCAUGAGAUCAUCCUGCAGACUUUGUCUUUUAAUACUGCGAAUACUAAUAACACAAUGUUCUACAGCUUCCAUAUCGUGGGUAGUGUUCAGUAAGCCUAGCACCAACCUUAUGUCUGGACUGUCAGUCUGAGAAGAGGUCAGUUUAUCCCAAACUUUUCUUGUUUUUAUAAAUUUUCUUUCCAUAUUAAAAUUGUCCUUACACUCCUUAAUUCAAACGUGCCUCAAUAUUAUUUUAACAAACUCAGUAGCGUCUGUACAUUACAUCUUUCUGUACUCUUCCCUCCCUCCUGAGGGAAGAAUCCCUGAAUGAUCCUAGUAAGUUCUGAAAAGCCUUAGCAGGGUAGAUAAUGGGUAAAGAUCAUUGUAUUUCAGCUCCCUGAUCCAUUACACCCCUGCCUUUCACCAGCAUGCAGAGCGUUGUGUUUUUUUCUAACAGAAUAAAUUAAAUAUGAAAGAGAAGGACUAAUGUAAUUCAAAUAAACAUGUUAAUGACCCUAUUUUUCCAUUUGGUAACUAGACCGGAUGUGGUGGAAUGCCAGUUUUUUACUGAGCCUGUAAUUUAAAACUUUCAACAAGGACACUUUUUUUCCCUUUUAUUUCCAUCCUCCAUUCCCACCCGCUUUCAUUCUUACAGACACUCCUUACUGUCCAAUUAGUUUUGGAACAUGAAAACUGUCCUCACGGCUGCCUGGAGCCACGGGGGACCUGGGAUGGUUUCUCUCUACGGGAUGGCUUGUAAGACUCCAGUUUUACUGGUGAUGACCCUGCCAGAGCUCUGUGCCGUUGAAGGGUGUGGGGAAGGAGGUGACUGGUGCAUCCUGUACCUCCUCUGCACCCCCAUUUGUGUAUUUUUUAUGUUUUGCAUGUACAUGUUUGCUGUUCUAGGCAGCACUUCAGCAUUCAGAUUUGGGAACAGAAGAGCUAGUUUGCUUUUAACCCUGUAAGUAGCCAUCCAUCCCGGCUACAUUUUAUAUGAGUCAAGGCCGUGGUAUAAGAGCUUGUUCUCAUCCAAACUAAAACCCUCACUAACUCGAUGUGUCUCCGGAUGACUGCCUAGUUUAUUUCUUCUCUUUUCUCCACUAAGUCUGUUGUCUCCCUCUGCACCCAGGGAGUAGCCAUUUUCCACAGCAGCCCCCACCCCUCCUCCAGAAAACGGCCUGCUCAAAAUGGAGCCCUUCUUCUCCUCCAGACCUCAAAUCUGCCACCUGUCUGCUCCAUUCAUCAUUAGUUAGCUAUACAGCGUGAUUUUCCCCCAAACUGUAUGUAUUUAAUCCCUGAUUUCUCCCUCACCUCACAAUGUGACGUCCUUUCAGCAUUUUACCUGCUGGAACCAGCGCUCUCUUGUUUCUUUUACUGUGGUCACUUGCUGGAGUUUUAAGGAAAACUUUUUGAUGUGGACACAUUUCAGUUUUUUUCGAAUUUGCACUGGAGAGAGGAAUGAAGGAGAGAGGGGGCUCUGGCCCUGUUACUUCCUGUUUGUUUUUGUUCUGGAGAAUGCAGACCAUCUGUGUCUCUCAGAAGCUAUUCUUCUACAGUCACCGUGCUGAGGCUGAUAUUUAAUUUCUUAGUUUUUCCCUCAUUUCUCUCUAAUUUCCGAUUCCUCCUCCAAAAACUACUAAGCCCCUCAUUAAAUCUUUCUUCCUGAAUUUUCUUAUCUUAAUAGUACCUCUGGAUGCAGUUCUGUCCCCAUUAAGGCCAGGAUUUCAAAUUAAGUAAAUGAUAAUUGGAGAGAGGAAAUGGGAGAGAAGGGAACAAGGAAUCAGUAAGCAAACAGAAAAAAAAAAGUGGGUUCACUUUUUAAACAUGGAGUUCACUGAUUCUCAGACCCAGCUCCCAUAUGUCCUGGCAUCAUUGUUCAGCUGAAGUCUCACCUGUUAGGUGGACCUUGUCUUUUUCAGGGGAAACAUCUGUGGGAUGUUGGAGCUCUCUGAAAGUCCCUCCCUAAUUUAUUUCUCCUGCCACGCAGACUUUGAUAAAGGUUGUACUUUAUCAUAAUAAUCAAGAUGGUUAUCUUCCAGAACUAGUAGAGAUAUUCUCCCUCUUCUGAGAGCUGCCCAGUGAAUCCCCAUGUAUAGUCACCCUAUAUAAAAGUCCUAUAUUUUCUUUUACAUGCAAUUUCAUUAAACCAAGUCUCUAAACAACUACAUCCAAUUUCAAUAGAUAACUCUCUAUAACUUAUGAAAUUUUAAGUUUUUCAUAAGCAGCAUCUUUCUGAGACACAUCUUCAUUUCAGAUGUCAUUGCAAUUUAGGACACAAUAGUUCCCUCAUUUUAAAAAAAUGUAGCUUUGAUUUUUUUUUUUAAUUCUUAAGGUCAGGAUUAAAAAGCUAAAUGAAUUCCAGGCUUCAAACUCCCUGAAUUAUAUUUCAGCUGGUUCAAGCCUAAAAUGUGCUAUGUCGACAGUCCACAGGGGAGUAGUAGUUGUGCCGAGUAGUUGUGGCCUUCAUAGAGUGCUUUUUGGAGCUCUCUCCUCUGGUCCCCCACCCCCUUCCUUCAGCUGCUUCUGUUUGUUCCUGCUGUAGUGCCUUCAGCCAUGAACAUACCGUUUAAUCAGUGGUGUAUUAAAAUGGACCUGGUACAGUCAGCAAUAGCUAGGCCAAAAUCGAUUGGCUAUUUUUAAAAGGAAAAAAAGAAGAUAGAAAAUUGCUCUUUUAAUCUAGGUAAAUCAAAUCAUGCCUGCUUGCUUUCCACCUGUAGCUAAGUGUAGGCAAGAGCAUUCUGAUUGAUGACAGUGUUUCUUUGUGCUUCUUUAUUCAUGCUUAUCCACUUGGGGUAACAGCACAAGGGUAGCUUCAGAACUGAGUUUUCACAUUCACUUGAGAAAGCUUGUGCUCUUUUUCUCUCAGGAAAAAAAAAAAAAUCUUCCCUUUGCCCACUCUUAGAAGAUUUGAAUAAAAGCCAAGUACGUUCAACCUUUUCUGCCUUUUUGGUUUUUUCCUGCCAUGAAAUCAUAUCUGACUGUGACAUCACAGUGUGUUGCUUUGGGCAGCCUUGUGAUGUAUGAAGGCGAGGACCUUAAUUGGGUUAACAGAGCACACCAGGAGCCAACGGCAGAUGAGCGCCGCUCUCCCACUAGGCAGUUCUCUGCUCCUGGCAGUGUGAAAGAAUCAGAGACCGGCUUGAGAGGAGCACCUUCUCCCACGGAUUUUUAACUCUGAGGCUUUUUCUUCUUUUAGUGUAUUACUAUCCAAUGAAAUUAAUUUUUAAAACAAAAAGUAUAUAAAUGUGCUUUGUUUUUAAACUGCAAAAAAAAUGGGAGUGGGGGUGGAAUGUGCCGGCAGGUUUGUUCUAUGGCAUUGAUUUGUGACCAACAAAGGAAAUGUCUACUUGUGAGACACAAAUCAAUGCAACCAGACUGCGAAAGUGCAAACAGAGAUGUGAGAAAAUUAUUCAAUCGUUACUCUUCUAUGGAAUUUAAAAACAUUGAGUCUUUAGAUUGUUCCAAUAAAAAAAAAAAAAAAAAGUGAAUCACUAGAAGAAAGGAAGGGAGGGUAUGAGGACUGGUUCUAAUUUCAUCAAAGGUUUUUCUCUUGUGAUUGUGGAAAGGUCCAGCAAGGCUAUAAGAUUCCUAAAAGAUUAGCAAUGUUGUGAAUGAUUUUCAGAACUCAUUAACCAUGUCCUCAGAUGCUGCUGAUAGCAAAGUGGUGGGAAACUGGUAGAAGACAAGUUUAUGCCUGAAGUUCUGCUUUAGUCUGCAGUAACCUUGGCUGCUGUAAAACUGAAGUUUCUUGCAAACUCUCUGUAUCCAGAAAUAAUCCAUAACAACUAAACUCGGCACCGACGUAGUAUUUCUUAUCAUAUAAGCACGUUACAAAAAUUAACAAAUAGAUUACACAGGUAAAAAUAUAACUCUAGAAAGCUAAAGAUUUUUUUUAAAACUUCAUCAGUUCAAAUAAACUGGGAGACAGACAAGUAGAAUAAGCUGAAAACAUGAUCAUGGAAUAUUUCUAUGUAGUUUGAACCGAGAUUUCUAAGUUUUAACAAGUAGAGUUGCUUCAGCAGUAACUUCAAAAUAAAUAAGAAUUGUCGGUAACUUAUCAGAUGUGUGUAUGUUAAAGUAGUUAAAGAUGUUUUCCCCCCUCAUAUAGGUUACAUUUGAUUUCCCCCAACCUUCCUCCCAACAGUCUUAAUACUAUUAGUUUGCUUAAAAAUCCUAUUUUCAGAGAUAAUAAAAAGGUAACUUUUAAUACUAUCCCUAUCCUAUCACAGAUUGUGAAUUAUUCUGACUUCUCCUUUCGGAGAAAGGAAAAAAAGAUGAUCAGAUGUUACUUCUCUGAACACUGAAAAUUAAUAGACAUAGCUUCACAGUUUUCAAUGUUUUCCCAGUGUCUAGUCAGGCCGGAGUUCCCAUUAGCAGACCAGGGAAAUUUUCUAACGUGACUGAAUAUUUUUGCUUUCAUCACUGUGAUGAAGUCAGUUACCAAGACUCUCUCACCUUAUCCUAAAAAUGUGCUAUUUCUUUACUUCUCAAUUGUCAUCAUGUUGGUUACAUUGCCUGAGGAAAUCAAGGGAGUGAAAUAUAAUGGAUCCAGAGACCUAUCAAGUAAAGUAAUCAAGAAGGGGUUUCUGGACAACCCCAUUUAAAAUAAGAACGCUUUCAAUAAAACUGCAUAAAUGUCUCACUCUGUGUUAUGCAAUAAUAACUUCAAGUCCAAUUUCCGGUAGUUCAUAUUUCUGAAUUACAACCCUGAACAAAGAAGUAAAUGAAGACCUUCAAGUAUCCAAAUGAGUUUUCCCCAAGUCUCCUACCAAACCCUGUGUUCAAGCAGUAUUGUCUCUAUGGCUCUUAUUUAUUUGAUUUUCCAAUCCAAAGCAGAUUAGAAAAUAUAUUUGGCAUGGAAGAUUUAGAGGAGAUGGUUCUGAAAAACUGGGACGGUGACGCUAGUCGGCUAUGGCAGUGGAUAGUAGGCUGUAGCUGUGUCUGCGGCCGUUAGGCUGAGCCAAGGGACAAGGCCAAUUCUCACCACAAGAAAAGCAUAUUACUGAAAAACAGGAACAAUGAAUAUUCACAAGGAUGACCCUGUAUCAUGGAAAAAAAAUUAAACUAUAUCAACAUACUGUGUUUAAGAAAACAAGGACAUGUAAAAGUUUUCUUUGAAAAACAUGUUUAGAAUGUAUUUUAUUGCUUAAAGAAGCAAGUUUAUGUCAUUAAAAAACAUUCAAAAAUAUAUGGAACAUUUUAGUCCUUAAUAUAGCUUGCUUUUUUUUUUUUAAUCCUUUUUCAAUUUGAAAAAAUGUAGGGAUCGUCUUGUAGUAGUGACUCUAAAAACCUGUCUAGCCAAAACUACUCAGUAUGAACACCUUAGAAGGAAGGAUGUUUAUUCUUGAAUAUUUUAAGUUCAGGUCUCUUAAAGAUAUUCUUUUUCAUUGAUCUUCGUUAUAUAAUGUAUGUUUUCAUCUGGAGUAAGGCACAGUUGCUCAUAUUUAGCUGGUUUACUUUGUAAUGCAUCAUUAUGAGUGACCAAAAACAUGGUACAGGAAGUUGUUUGUGUGUUUUUUCAUUGCUUAUGCAACUUCCAAGCAGAAAAUGUUCUUGAGACCAGAUGGUAAAGAACAGUCAAUUGCAAGCUCUAUUCUCCAGAUGUAUUGAUGUUUCAUGUCUUCCUAAAGCCAGUUCAAAUACACUUGUAAAUUCAAGCCUUAAUUUUAGUAACCCUUUCGCUUCUGCUAGAUCUUGUUUCAAAUGAUAAAGAAAUAGGCUCUAAUAUUUAAUAACAGGAUCUCUGAAGCCCGCUGUACUAUAGAGUGGCAAUGCCAUGGUCAUAUAAUUCAGUCUGAUAAAAGUUUAUUUCAUGUGCUUUUGGAUGUAUUUGGUCACUGUGCUACAAUGACAGCUAUAUGUUUACAGUACCAAACGUCUUUUCAACUUUAUCCUUUCCAAGAGUGCACUUUGUUAAGACAAUUUUAAAAAAUAACAUUUACCCAGUGUUUCUACUUGGCAUGUAAGUUUUUUUUUUUUUUUUUUUUUUUUUUUUUUAAUCUGCUCAGCAAUUUGGAAGUUUGCUUGGAACACAGAUGAGUUAAGAUAAAAAGCUCUUUUUUUUUAAAUGCCUCUAGUAAGUAAAAAUGAAGAUACUAUAUCUGAAUGAAUGUGAAAAGUUGUCCCUUUGUAUAUUUUUAAAGCUUCCUAAACUAUCCCAGUUCUCAGCCAAAUGCAGCCUACCCAGAUUGUCUUUAGGAAAGUAGCAAUUCACAGAGCUUUGCAGUUAGCCAUGUAUCAAACUGCACUCUCUUUAGUCCCUGCUUACAGCUCCACCAUUUUAGAAUAUGGUGAGAUAUGCCAGAGCCCUACCAUCUGUUUAAUGGGCUAAUUAUGUUUACCACAUGCCUACUUCACAGGAAUACCAUGAGUGAGGUUGCCAAACAUCAUACAAAUAUAUAUGUUUGUAUAUAUUGAUAUAUAAAUAUACACGUAAAUAAAAUUGUAUACAUAUAUAAAAGCAUCCAGCAUUUCUGAGUUUCAUUCCAUCUUCUACUCUCAAGAUGUAUAAUGAUCCAUCCCUUAAACCCAGCCAGGUGUUGUCAGAGUUUGUGAGGCUGUCAAUGAUAGGACCGUCAGACUGAGAGGGAUCCUGUAACUGAGAGAUUUGGAGGAAGUGAAACUCAGAUUGUACACACAUCCUAUGUCUUUGCCUAUUUAGCUAUGCCCCAUGUACUCUCUACUAAAAUUUAGACAUUUUAGCUUCAUAUUUAAUGCAAUCAAACUUUAUGAUACUGUAUGUUGCUAUAUUCAAUGACUAAACUCCUUCUUUUAAGAAACAGAGGAUCUCUUAAAUUGGAAAAAAAAAAAAAAAGUCAGACUGUUUUAACACAAUUUCUCCUGUACUUGGCUACAACUUUUCUCUUACAUGCCGCAGCUUCUAUAUUGGGCUUGUUCUUAAAGCUAGAAUUCUUUUUUCCUCCUGUGAGGACACUGCAACCCUUGAUGGUCUUUUCUCUGGUAUUCUCUGAGUGCUUCCUAAAUGCGUGGUCUCAGUGACUCCAGUUAUCACAAGGACGAAUUUUCACUUGCUAUCCAUGAAAAUUAUCAGUGGGUCAAACUAAGUUGGGUCGGACUAAGUUGCUUCUUGAAAAUAGGGCUGAUGCUAGUUGUGUCCAGAGGGAAUUCUGAGCAGUAAAGGGAGGCAAACUGAGGGCAUUCUAGGUGAAGGGAAUUAAACCAGCAAAGAAUCAGGGCACAGAUGGAAAAGAGCGAGUCAUGGGUAACCAGAGUGCCUAGUCAGGAUAUGAUAUAAGCUCCGGGUAUUGGGUUUUCUGUGUAGCUCCUUUGUUUAUGUAAAGCUAGCUCGGCAGGCUCUGGGCCUUCUUGGCUUUGAGGAUGCGCUGACCUGAGAGCUAUGGGGAAAAAUAGCCACAUCUGUACACCAGACUAUAAAGCCAAUAUGUAGCAUUCUCUUUGGAAAUGAAAAACAACAACAUAUGAAACUAUCAUUGAUACAACAUUUUAUUUAGUCUUUUCUAAGAUACCAGGGUAUUUUUAAAACCUGUUUUCUUCCCCUCGGCAUUAGGAUGUUUUCUUAUACAGCUUCAGCUGAAGUAAAUUAUUCAAACAGAGCUGUUUUAUUUUAUUUGUUUGUUUUUGUUUUUGCAGUUUUAUGCUUACCAGGGACUUCAUAAACAAGUUGGAAGAGAAAAAAUAGCCAGGACAUAAAUAUAGAAAUAACCCAAUCACAUAAGCUUGUGUGAGCAUGGGUGAGGGCCUUGUGGGAAGCAUGAAGAAAAAUCUUUAUUAGUACCAGAAUGAUCGUAAUUACCUUAGGCAUGAGUCUGAUUUGAGAAGAGACAUUGAUAUACAAAGAAAUGAAGGAUUAUUACCCUAUGAUUUGUCCAAGUGUACAAGGAAAAAUAGCUUCAGUAUUUACUCUUUGACUUCUUGAGUCCAGAAAUCUAAUACUGCAAACUACAUAGACACGGAGCAGAAGAAAGCAAGUAUUUAUCACAAGAAGAAGAAAGAGGAAUUACUCUGUCAUCUCUUCUUACUUUAGAAUCAUCAAAUAUUAUUAUUGGAAAGAACUUAAAAACCAUCUAAUCUAGCAUGCCCACAUUAUAGAUGAGAAAAAUGAGACUUGGGAAAAGUUUCAUGACUUGCCCAAGGUCACACAACAGAUUACAAACGUGGCUGGGCACCCACAUAUUAUACAUAGGUGUCCUUAAUUUCUUCAGUUUCUCCAUAAUCAUUUUAGAGAAUUCUUUGACUUAUCCCACCAAUGUUGCUUUGUAUAUCUUGAUUAUCGGCUGGCUUCGCAAUUUUUUUGAAGUGAAGUUUACUUUAUAAUAACAGCCAGAUUCUAUAACUGAUUCUAAAAAUUAAAAUGUGUUCUCUGACACAUCCUGAGUGUUGUACAAAUAUAGAGAAGUUCACUAGAUCAACAUGUAUGCCUCCUUUUAUAAUAGGAAUGCUAUAAUACCUAUAAAUGUGGCGUGAUCGUAUUAGACUCUUGAAGUUUCUAGAGUUUCAGAUAUUUGUUGGAGCAUAUACAUAGGUGAGGGCAGAUUUACUCAUUGACCUGCUCUGAGUCCCUGAGAAGUUCCUCACUGCUGUGCAUUCGUAAGUCAGUUAUUCCCACUGCCGUCCAUAUCACCACUUCCAACUAUUACCAAUAUGGCCGAUUACUACAUCAGUUAUUCCCACUGCUGUCCAUAUCACCACUUCCAACUAUCACCAAUAUGGCCGAUUACUACAGACUGAUUGCUUAUUACGUUCAAAAACAGCUGUACUUGGUGUUUUACUGAUAUUUUGUUCAGUGUUAGAAGAGGAUAAACAUGGUGAGAAUCUGGCAUAGACCAGCUCCCUUCUUUUGAAGAAAAAGUCCAUCACUGACAAUAGACAUUGAAUAAGUAGUUAUUUAAAGGGGUCAAAAAAAAGCAUUCACCAUGUCUCUACUUCAAAAAAGAAUCUCUGGAUCAUUUGAAAAUAUUAACUACAAGCUUAUGAUGCAAUGUUGUGUGGUUUGUUGUGCCACAUAUCGUUAUGAUGAUCUACAUCGCAGCCACAAUCCAGAAAUACUCUCAUUGUUACAAUGCAAAAUAACAUAAUCAUCCACUCUUACAUUUUAAAUGUGUCUGGCCUACCAAGUCCUUGCUUAGGUGCCAGACACACGACUGUGAAGGAACUGUCUGACAUAGUACCCUGAAAUUUCAGGUAAGUAUAAUCAUCUCACAGAUGCAUAGAAUAAGCCUGGUUUUCGAGGCAAAGACAAGAGGCAAACCUCCUGCUCUUCCAGAAGUCAGAACCAUUGAGCGGUAUAUUCACAGUAGCUAAGAGGAAAACCCUUUGUGAAGAAAACUGUGGUGUCUCAUGGCUGUUUUAUUAAAACAUUUAGUCCACCAAGUUUCCAAGUCUAAGAACAAUUUAAUUCACAAAGCACACAAAAUAAGCAGGAGCGUCUAAUCCGGACAGCCAUGUUCCACCUCUGUGUUCCUUGUUGUGAGUUAGGGUGAUUUAGUCAUCAAGAUCCCUGCUGUUAUGUAUUUGGAUAUUUGUGAGGAAAACCUAGAAUUCAUUCCCUUUGGAAGCCAUGUCCAUAUGGCAUGCAGCAAAGACCCUUAGAGAGCAGUAGUAGGAGUUUUGUUAUCAAAUCCAGCCAGAUUUGCAGAUAGGAAUACAGUAAUGGGAAAUCAGUAUUUUUCCUUCUUCUUCCUCUCUCUUUUCUUUUUCAGUCUUUUUCUUUCUCCUGUUUGCUUCUUCAAUUCAAUACUCCUUUGUUUAUGGAUUUGGAAAGUACUCCAAAAGCAAAUAAGCCAAGCAAAUCCUGUUUGGAGGAAGCACAGCCAUUUUGACAUAUACAGCCACUCUCUGUUCCCUGCCCCAAUGAACAUCUGCACUAGGCCCAAGCCUUGGAGUGAUUUACCUGAAGAGUGACACCAUUUAUUCUGAAACUACUGUAAUGGGAUGGUGUUUUUACAGACUUCUAUGUUACUGGAAAACGCCAAAACUGGGAGACUAACAUCCCUCUUAGGCUUCAGGAAGAAACCCAAGACAGCUGAAAACCAGAAGGCAUCUGAGGAGAAUGAGAUUACUCAGCCGGGUGGAUCCAGCGCCAAGCCGGGCCUUCCCUGCCUGAACUUUGAAGCUGUUUUGUCUCCAGACCCAGCCCUCAUCCACUCAACACAUUCACUGACAAACUCUCACGCUCACACCGGGUCAUCUGAUUGUGACAUCAGUUGCAAGGGGAUGACCGAGCGCAUUCACAGCAUCAACCUUCACAACUUCAGCAAUUCCGUGCUCGAGACCCUCAACGAGCAGCGCAACCGUGGCCACUUCUGUGACGUAACGGUGCGCAUCCACGGGAGCAUGCUGCGCGCACACCGCUGCGUGCUGGCAGCCGGCAGCCCCUUCUUCCAGGACAAACUGCUGCUUGGCUACAGCGACAUCGAGAUCCCGUCGGUGGUGUCGGUGCAGUCAGUGCAAAAGCUCAUUGACUUCAUGUACAGCGGCGUGCUACGGGUCUCGCAGUCGGAAGCUCUGCAGAUCCUCACCGCCGCCAGCAUCCUGCAAAUCAAAACAGUCAUCGACGAGUGCACGCGCAUCGUGUCACAGAACGUGGGCGAUGUGUUCCCGGGGAUCCAGGACUCGGGCCAGGACACGCCGCGGGGCACGCCCGAGUCAGGCACGUCAGGCCAGAGCAGCGACACGGAAUCUGGCUACCUGCAGAGCCACCCACAGCACAGCGUGGACAGGAUCUACUCGGCACUCUAUGCGUGCUCCAUGCAGAAUGGCAGUGGCGAGCGCUCUUUUUACAGCGGCGCAGUGGUCAGCCACCACGAGACCGCGCUCGGCCUGCCCCGCGACCACCACAUGGAAGACCCCAGCUGGAUCACACGCAUCCACGAGCGCUCGCAGCAGAUGGAACGCUACCUGUCCACCACCCCCGAGACCACGCACUGCCGCAAGCAGCCCCGGCCUGUGCGCAUCCAGACCCUAGUGGGCAACAUCCACAUCAAGCAGGAGAUGGAGGACGAUUAUGACUACUACGGGCAGCAAAGGGUGCAGAUCCUGGAGCGCAACGAAUCCGAGGAGUGCACGGAAGACACUGACCAGGCCGAGGGUACCGAGAGUGAGCCCAAAGGUGAAAGCUUCGACUCGGGCGUCAGCUCCUCCAUAGGCACUGAGCCUGACUCGGUGGAGCAGCAGUUUGGGCCUGGGGCGGCGCGGGACAGCCAAGCUGAACCCGCCCAACCCGAGCAGGCUGCAGAAGCCCCUGCCGAAGGUGGUCCGCAGCCAAACCAGCUAGAAACAGGCACUUCCUCUCCGGAGAGAGGCAAUGAAGUGGAGAUGGACAGCACAGUUAUCACUGUCAGCAACAGCUCCGACAAGAGCGUCCUGCAACAGCCUUCGGUCAGCACGUCCAUCGGGCAGCCAUUGCCAAGUACCCAGCUCUACUUACGCCAGACAGAAACCCUCACCAGCAACCUGAGGAUGCCUCUGACCUUGACCAGCAACACACAGGUCAUUGGCACAGCUGGCAACACCUACCUGCCAGCCCUCUUCACUACCCAGCCUGCGGGCAGCGGCCCCAAGCCUUUCCUCUUCAGCCUGCCACAGCCCCUGGCAGGCCAGCAGACCCAGUUUGUGACAGUGUCCCAGCCCGGCCUGUCGACCUUUACUGCACAGCUGCCAGCGCCACAGCCCCUGGCCUCAUCCGCAGGCCACAGCACAGCCAGUGGGCAAGGCGAAAAAAAGCCUUAUGAGUGCACUCUCUGCAACAAGACUUUCACCGCCAAACAGAACUACGUCAAGCACAUGUUCGUACACACAGGUGAGAAGCCCCACCAAUGCAGCAUCUGUUGGCGCUCCUUCUCCUUAAAGGAUUACCUUAUCAAGCACAUGGUGACACACACAGGAGUGCGGGCAUACCAGUGUAGUAUCUGCAACAAGCGCUUCACCCAGAAGAGCUCCCUCAACGUGCACAUGCGACUCCACCGGGGAGAGAAGUCCUACGAGUGCUACAUCUGCAAAAAGAAGUUCUCUCACAAGACCCUUCUGGAGCGACACGUGGCCCUGCACAGUGCCAGCAAUGGGACCCCUCCUGCGGGCACACCCCCAGGUGCCCGCGCUGGCCCCCCAGGCGUGGUGGCCUGCACGGAGGGGACGACUUACGUCUGCUCCGUCUGUCCAGCAAAGUUUGACCAAAUCGAGCAGUUCAACGACCACAUGAGGAUGCAUGUGUCUGACGGAUAAGUAGUAUCUUUCUCUCUUUCUUAUGAACAAAAGAAAACAACAACAAAAAACAAACAAAAAAGCUAUGGCACUAGAAUUUAAGAAAUGUUUUGGUUUCAUUUUUACUUUCUGUUUUUGUUUUUGUUUCGUUUCAUUUUGUACUACAUGAAGAACUGUUUUUUGCCUGCUGGUACAUUACAUUUCUGGAGGCUUGGGUGAAUAAUAGUUUUCCCAGUCUCCCUCGGAUGGUGGCCUUAAGGCCUGGUAGUGCUUCAAGAGGUCCACUGGUUGGAUCUCUAGCUACUGGCCUCUAAAUACAACCCUUCUUUACAAAAAAAAAUCUUUUAAAAAAAAGUAAAAAAAAAAAAAAAAAUUCCACUUGUGAAGAGCACUACAAAAAAUAUAUAACAAAAUCUAAAAGGCCUACUGUCUUUAAGUACACCGCUUGCAGUGUUUCAGUGGACAUUUUCACAAUUCUGGCCGCUUGGACUUCACAGUAACCAGUUAAAACUGUGGAAUAUCACUUCUGGUUGAAAAUCCAGAGGAAAGGCCCUGCUGUUUUCCGCCUACCACGUUGUCUGAUUUCAUAAAAGGGCUGUGGGGGUGGGAAGGGCAGUGGGUUCGGUGGUGUGGGAAAGAAAGACGAAUGGCAGGCUUCUCCCCCAGAUUCUGCCUGGGUCCACACACCCUGGCCCACCUUCUCCAUAUCCCCCCUUGCAGCAGAAGCCAGGAAGACUUGGACAAGCAACAAGCAACAGUGGCUAUCGUAUUUAUUCAGUGUCUUCGCUGAGCCACAGCCUCAGCACAAUCAAGAGGGACUUUCAUGAAAGGCAGGAAUGCAGAUAAAACAAAGAUAUCAGAAAUUUGCACCUAUGUUUUUAGGUACAAGAGAAGGAUUAUUUCCAACAAUCUUUGCAAAAAAUAAGUGUCAAGAUAUAUUCUUGUGGAAGAGAAAAAGAAAGAGAAAUGGAGGGUGGGGGGAACAAUAAAAAGUUCUUGAGGCUUUUUUAAUUCAAAAUUUUAUAGAGGGGCAAAAGUGACGUUUACCAGAUAGAAUGCUGAUUUUUUUAAUAUAUUUACAACAGUAUUUGUGUAAAAAAAAAAACAAAAAAAGUGAAAUUGUUAAAGGUAAUUUUUUUUCAUUUUGGUUUUGCAUACACUGCCACCAAUUCCUUCUCUUUUAUUUCACACACAUAUAUAUAUUUUUUGGUAAGUCAAGACUGUUAAGGUUAGCGAUACUGCUUCCAGAUAGAAAGAAUAAAAGGCAACUAAAGUUAUAUUUGAAAGAGAGGAAGGAUAUUUUCUUCAUAUUUUUUUUAAUUUUUCUUAAUUUUUAUUAUUUUAAGUAUUGCCUGGGUUGAUGAGGGCCUCUGUGGCCAGCCCAUCCCUGCUGUAAUUUGAAUUGCUGCUUUGUAUUUUGAUAUGUAGUUCUUUGACUUUAGCAAGCUUAAGUUGUCCCACCGAAUAAUUUUUUCAACUGAUUCAUCUAGAAUUCUGUUCUUUUUCAUGGAAGAGACUGUAUCUUUCAGAAAGAGAUUGCUUGCUUCUCCAAAAUUUCAUUGAGAUCUUACAAUUCUAGAAUUUCUAUUGACUUUACUUUUUUUCCUUGGUGAAACACUAGUAGUCUAGAAGUCUUGAUAAAUGGGGUCUUUUCUUUUGUGAUCAGCCAGGAAGAGGAGUUCACAAAACUCUGCCAUAGCUCCUCACCCUUCCCAACUACAAAGAGCGUCAUUAUGAGAAGCCUGUUACAGAUCAAGAUGCAUUGAUGCCAAAAUCACUUUUUUUCUUUCAAAUAUCACCUUCUGACUGUUUCCACCAUGGUUAAGAGGGCUAAAUCAGAUGAUCAUUCUUUAGAUGACUAAUUAACCCUUGCUUCUUGGAAAGGUUUUAGGGAAAUUAACAAAAAGUUCCCAGAUGCCAACAUCCACCAUUCAAAAGACCACCAAUCUAUUGCAUCAUACCAGAUGCCACUCUCUCUCCCUAGUUGGGAUUUCUCUCCUCGGUCCUGAUGAAGGUGUUUAGAGAUAUUUUCUUUAUAGACAGUGUCCUGAAGGCAUUCCAGCUCAAAUAUAGGAAUUCUUAAACCUAGCUAAAACUCCCAAAGUGAUUUCAUUUCUGGGCAUAUUUUAACACACUUAGGGGAAAGCAAAUCUUUAAACAAAGCAAAACACCAAACAACUACAGUUUUAAAAAGAAGAAAGGAGAGAGUAUUUUAGUUUCAAAAUUACAUUGCAUUUUAAUUUAAUUUUCCUUCUAAUUUUCCUGUCAGCAUUUUAUUUACAAAAACUGUGCAGCAAACGAGAGAAAAUCUUCCAACACAAACAACUCUGUAAUGACUAAAUUGGUUUUAUUCAUAUAUUUUAGACAUUUGGUUAACUUGGAUCUUUUUCAUAAGUUCGUUGUGACGCUUAGUAAGGUUAGUGUAACUGAAGUGUUUGUGAGUUUGAUUUGGUCCCACAGUGCUGAAUUAAGUGGGUAUUUUGCUACAAGUUUUAAUGUAAACUUGGGUAGUUAAAUGACUAUUGAGUAUAACCUAUCAUGAUUUCUAAGAGGAGUCCUACCAAUAACUAUGUGUCCAAAACGGACCUGUUUUAACAGUUAGUGAGGAACAGCUUCCAAAAUAAAGUAAGUUCGUUUUUCUAUUGCUAAUUUUGCUUUUCAAAAUAGCAGUGUUGUAAGACUAAUAUUUCCAAUUACCACCAAUAGAGGGAGCAUUAGUUAAUUAACUAUGUCAUGGAAUUGUUUUGAUAUUUUGGAAAACAAGUGAUUCCACCCAUAAAAUAAAAAGAGAAGAUUGACCUUAAGAAAAAAAACUCUUAAAGCUAGAAGGCAAUGACAUGAAAUCACUCAAUACAUGUUACAAAUGAAAGAAGGCCAAAAGCCACUUUAAAAUAUUUUUAACUGUUUAACAAUAGUGGAUUUGAAAGUGUCUUUGUUCAAAUUUAGCGAAGUAGGAAGAAUUUUCAUUAAUACCUCCAGAAAAGUUGAUCUUAGGUGCCAUUAUGGGCCACAUGUAGCUAUCUGUUUCUCAAAUCUGAGGGAGAGACCCAUUUGCCUUAAUGCUGAUUAGCCAUGUAAAAUGCUAAGCAAUUGGGUUAGAAUCCACCUUUUCUUUUGAUAGAACAAAAGAUAAAGAAAAAGCUGCAGGUGACUUGAAACCCUAAGGAUUCUAUCAUCCUUUCCCUGUAAAGGAAGUGUCUCUUAAAAAAAAAAAAAAAAAAAAGAGUAGGAGGAUCCCUAAAGAAUUCUUAACAAGGUGAUAUAAUCAUUGUAGUCCAUGACAAAAUGGACCAGUCAGGUUUGCAUAGCAGUGGACAUAUUCCUACUGCAUAUUUAUCCUUCCCAAACAUGUCACAUUCUAAAAUAGCUGACAGAUUAUUUUGUGGAGAGAGGAGGAAGUUGGAUUGGAGUGGGAGAUCUAAUCUAGAGGAGCCAAAAGGUAGUUGUUUAUUGCCAUAUUCCUGGCCUGUCAAAUGGCCACUUUCUAAACUGACCCACAUUUUAGGAAGUAAACCAGUCUGGACCGGUUUCAAAAGGAUAGAGAUGCUUUUAGAUUGUCAAUUCUCACUUUCAAAUUAAACAAUCACAAAUAUCUUUGGAAAUAGGGAAAGAUAUUUUGCUUCAGAAUCAGAGAAUUAGUGUGGAUCUUUUUAAUGUUUUGGGGUUUUUUUGUUCAUGUACUACAGUCAUCUUACAUUUAGACCUUCAUGCUAGGAUGAUAUCAGUGCUAAAAAAAUUUCUUUUUAAUAGCAAGAAAAAAGAUAGAUAAGAUAAAAGCAGCUGUUACAGAUUUAAGACUUCUUAGGAUGAGUACGAGGAAGAACUAGUUAGAAAGGACAUUUUUGAGCAAUUUAUAAUUUUAAAAUGGAAUUUGCCAAACAAGGGAAAGGAGAAAAAGUCAAAGGAGAAAUUUUUUUUCUCAAGAUUUUUAGAUACAAUUUAUUAAAAAAUAUUAUUUUCUAGCAUUAAAAACAUUGGUAUUAUCUCAGCAUCAUGGGCAAUUUUUUCUUAUUAAAUGCCAAUAUUUGUACAACAAAGGCCCCCAAAUGUGUGAAAUGUAAUCUUAAAAAAAAGUAAUAAUUGGAACACAUGGAUCUGAUACAACUCUACACAUGGGGAAAAUCUGAGAAAUAAGCUAAGCAGAAAAAAAAAAAAUCUGAAAUGAAAAUCUCUGUAUCAAAAUGGUUUCCUGUAUAUUUUAACUGAGCGGUAAACUUUAGCUCAUAGUAACAGUUUUAUAGCCUGUUCUCUUCCCAGAUUCCUAAUGCUUUGACUCUAUUUGUACCAUGAUUAAGUGUGCUGGAUAAUUUCCUGCUCAUAUUCUAGCUCCUAGUCAUCUUAGAAGUCAUAGUAGCUCUUGGCCUUGAAAGACUUGGGUUUGCUUUGUUUAAAAGUCCUAGGAGUUUUAUUUUGUAUCACCAAAAUAUUCUAUAAGGUCCCCAGAUACUCUUUUUCAACCCAUGAACAGUAAGAAUUUGUGAAUUCAGAUAAUGAAAAGAGAAAAGUUUUCCUCCAGGUAUGUUUGUUUCACAUUCAGUCCUAAAGCCUUGAGUUACGUGUACUUCCCUCACACAAGCACACCAGCAGUCUAUGCUCUGCCCAUGCCCAAAACUCAAUGGUUUUUCUCAGCACAGAAGUCAAAACUGAGAUAUGCCCCUGAUAAAACCCCUUCGAUUCCUGAGAAAGCAUAAUAAAGGCUUAUAUCGCUUCCUUGUUGAAGCUCCUUCAUAAUACUCCCAACACCCGUGACCCCUGCGAAAACAGGGCACAAGGUAGAUCUGCCCAGGAGUCACAGGAUAAACACCCAUUCUGGAGCCUUCCUCUGUUGUUCUAGAAGAUGUUAUUUGAUUAGUUGGGGCUGAGAGCAGGGGAUAUAUGAUUCUGCGGAAAAGGUAUCAGAUCAUCAGAUCAGGCCUGCCUCAGCUAUAGCCAGUGUGCUGCUGCAUCCAAAGGUAACAAAGGGAAAGUGCAACGUAAGGGCAGACACAACCUGAGAUGCCCCUGAGAUUUAGGAGAACAGGAUGGUGCCCUUUCUGUUGUGACCUGACUCUUAAAAGAAAUCUUCUAAAGGAAUUCUUUAAUUUGGUAAUGAGUUGAAGUCCAGGGUAAUGGAAGCUCUAGGGCAGAGAACAAAAGAAUUGCAAAAAUGUAUUCAGCACCAAACAAUGCUAAACCAAGAAACAUCCAAUCACAAAACUAGGAAGUUUGGCAAGAAGUAGUUAGAGAAAUCUCUGAGUUUUUCCAUGGGUAGGGUCGACAGACUCUCUUUUGAGUGAUUUCUGGCUCUGAGAAACCUCUUUACUCACUAGAAAAGAACUGUAUUUAAAUGGCCAAUUUUUUUCCUCAGAAAAAGAAAUUAAAAACAAAAAAAAAGAAAAAUAGGACACUGAAGACAGAACCAUGUGACUUGGUGACAAACAAAAGGAAGGGUGCACUAGAAUUUCAAUAGGCUCCCUAAUUCCACAGAAAAAGCAAAGCAACCCAAUGCCUCCUGAGCCUGCAGUGCAUGAAGAGAGCACUUGAGCUGACCCAGCCACCAGGCUUUCUGGGGCUAGACAUAACUUCCCACUGGAACAGCAGCAGCUCCUUUCCCCUCUUUGUGUUUUCAUGAAGAAAACGGUUGUUCUCUUAGGUACCCAGGAAAUAGAUUACAUAGGGCAAACUUUCCAAAGCUAUCUCUACCCUGGUGCUCAGGCUGCACAUAGAGGCAGAAAAGGGGCAUAGAAGAGCUCUUGCUCUUGAGAGAGAAUAUUUUCAUAUUCCCAAGGGCUUUCUGUGGAGCGUUGCUAUUUCUGAUGCCACUUAAACCUUUACAAGAGAAAAGGCUGUGGUGACUCAGUGUUCCUGUAAACUCAGAAUGUGAACAUUACUAAUCCAAAGCAUCAUUUCUAGCACUGAGUAUCAAGAUGAUCAGCCUGACCAAAAUACUUCAAAGACUCUUCUAAGUCUCUGAAGAUUUUUUUUCUCCUUCAACACUGAGUAUAGCAGUCAGCAGUGUACAUUAGCAGAUCCCUGAGAAUGAUUAUGGAAUAGUAGGGCUUGUUUCCAUGCUUUUUAGAGUGAAGAGGUAGAAAAUGAGGGCUGCAUAGUGUGGGUUCUUUUUCAGAACUAUGUAUUUUCUCCUCACUGAAUGAGGCGUAAAAAUGGCCUGGGUUGAAACAAGAAACAUUAUCUUUCCACAGCACUGACUAAAACACCUGCCAUUCCAGUGGUUUCCUAAGGCCCCACCUGUUGCUCCAUAAACUGUAGACUUUCAGACUGAAAUCUAAUCUUAAGUGACCUCAAUUUAGGUGUUUUCACAAGAGGCUACUUAUUGUAUAGCAUUAUUGCCUUAAAUCAGAAAGCCUUGGGAAGAGGACAAAUGAUACAGAAAUGAGAAGGCUCUGAAGAUACAGGCAUUUCUUGCUGUUUAAUAGUUACAUUAUCACAAAAGUAAGCCCCAUGUGUGAUUGAGGACUAUGGAAAUAGUGACUUCUUGGGGAGGCACCAAACUUGUCUAGAACUGGUACUCUCAGAUAGUGGCUGCUAUUUCCUAUUCUAUUUCAGUGACGUAGGUUGGGGCUGAAUGUAAAAUAGACAUCAUAUUACUAAAUAGAAUCCUAUAAAAUGUAAUCACAGGUGCCUGGGAAUACUAGUUUUAAACGUUUCCUUAACAAGGAGAACAAUCCCAGCAAAAAGCUUUCUUUCCCCAUACAGUGUAUAUCUGUAAAUUUUUUUCCCUCAGUUUUAGAGAGCAUCUCUUUUAUCUGGUGGUUCUUUGUUUAAAUGCAAACUCAUAAGUUUCAAGUCUUCAGUGAAAGAUCAUAAUCUACAGAUGAUACUCUACAGAGAAAAAUCUAGCCACAGUCUUGAGAGUCCAGGCUUCUGGAAUGCUUAAUGAGGGUAUAAAAGUCCCUACUAACCCUUUUUCAAAUUCAGAGAUUUCUUUGAUUCAAAAUGCCUCAAUGAGAUUUUGAUACAUCCAAGAGAGAGAAAGCGAAAACAAAAAACAACAACCACCUUGGGGGCAUCUGUUUCUACUAGUGUUGCAACAGUUGUUAUGACCCAGCAAAAUCAUUGCAAUUUAUAUGUAGAUUCUAGUAAUGAAAGAGUCCUAACCAAUCCAGCAUGUCACCGCUGCUGUCCAAAAUGUCUAUGACUGAGUGUACGUUAUUUAUACGUGUGCACACACAGUAUGAGCUGCUCUCAGCACAAAACUGUUCCACAUUCAUGUUGCCCAGUGACAACAAGAUAGAUUUUUGAAUUUCUGGUUAGGAGUCAAAGGUCUGACAUAUCGCACAUGUCUGCUCUGCUUUGUUGCCUUAGUUGGAUGCAUCACUAUCUGUGAUGAGAAAUUUAGGGCAAUCUGAAGGAGUCCAACCAUCAGUAAUUUCUGUGUAUCCCUUUCAUGAGAAACUUGAAUAUGCUCAUGUGGAGUAGAGUGCAUUUAACAAACUCUGCAGUUCUGUUGGAUUUAUUGACAUGUACGUGCAUGUGUGUGUUUGCGUGUAUACUUAUUGUCAUCUGGGAGUGUGUGUGCCUCCCAAAUGAAGCACACACAGGCAGAGGUCCUCGUGCAUAGAUACAGUUGCCUCUUUCCACCAUUGUGCUAAAGACUCAUGGCUGCCUUCCCAGGAAGCAGUCACCUGCCCACUCUGUUGCUUUUUGUAAUAUUUCAGAACUGGGAGAAACAAACGCAGCUUGUUGAAUCCACAGCAAACCCACAGGGACAGGCUGUUUUCCUCCAUAAGAAGGUAGAACAGAAGUCUUUGACUGGUGAGCAGACAAGAGGGAGCAGCAGUCCAGGGCACUUCCCCAGGUCUCCUGGAGGUGGGGGCACCAAUGCCAGGCAGGCAAAGCCCACACAAACUUUGGCCUGAGCCAUCCCAUAGCUCUAAGGCCUUCAUUCCUUUCCUCUAUGCAACCCAGUGUGCACACACAUGUGCACAUACACACACACACACACACACACACACAAAUUUUAUUCCCAAACUAAAGCUUCCUAAUUCUGCUUGUACGCAAAGGAUAUCAUCAUAAUUCACAAACUGUGUCUCCUGAAACCAAUGUGGCCUUUGCCAAAGUCUUUCCAGGAGUGAGUUGUUUACCAUGUCUAGCAAACCAACAGAAUAUUGGGGGGCAUAUUUUUUGGUAAUCUCUAAGAAUUGAUAGCUCUUGCCCAUCUCAAACAUUAAAGUAGAAUGCCACUCUAGUAUAAUGUACUGAGUGAAUGGACUCUGAAGGCUUGGUGACCUGGAAUUCAGGAUUCAGUUUUCUCACUCCCAUGCCCUUCUUUUACUAGAUGGUUUGUUAUUUUUUAAGACAUGUAGAUUAUUUCUGCUUUACAGAAGUCAGAGGACAUUUUCCUUCCUCUUCUAUUUUGGUGACUUUUCCCCUUCCCGUAUUAAGUAAGGCUACUUACAGUUGCAACUUCUCUGUUGUUAUUACUUUUUAAAAUUGUAUAUUGUCUUUCUAUAUCCAAAAGAAGUCUGUGACUGUAACCAUAGGUAUUUCUUUUUACUGGAAAAAAAAAUAGUCGUUUUGGUUUUUUUUUUUUUUUUCUUUUAAUUAACAGUACUAGUGACUUUGUGAAAGAAUAUGAGUUACUAUUUAGGUAUGCUUACUUAAGUACAAUACACUACAUUGCAGUAUUUCUGAAACCUAGGACAUACACAUUAUAUAUAACAAUUUUAUAUUGAAAUAUAUAUCACAUUAUAUUCAUUUUAACUUUUGAAUCUGCCUAUGAUCAUGAGUUGAUUGAAAUAUUAUGUCUUUGCAUAUAUCACCCAUCACCAACCUGCUGCAGUUAAUCUGGUGCAUUUAGUAAUAAUCAUUACUGCUCUAAUUUGCUUUUUAUAUUAUCAGCUUCAAUUUUGUCUUUAGAGGAUUUUAGAAUUUUUUAAAGCUCAGACUUAGCAAAUGUAGGAAAGUGAAAUCUUUUUUUGAAACUUUGUUGGUGUGACUAAUACAAAGAGGUUCAUAUUCAAAAUGAUCUUGUUUAGCUGACCCACUCAAUAUCUGAAGAACAAAAGAAGUGCAUAUGAAUGUAUCUGUGAUUUUCCCCUGUAGGACUGUCACUGUCUAUACUUGCUUU